CCUGGGAGUGUGUCAACCAUGGACAACGCUGCAAGCAAUUUCAGUGGGGCUCUAUCGACGUGGAAAGAUAUCAACUUGACAGAGCUGCAAAAGCAGCUCGAUGCGCAGGGUAUUGAACUCGUAGAGAAUCAGAAAGAGAGCGUGGUCAGUCGGAAGUCUCUGGCGGAUAAGACGAAGGAGUUUAAGAAAAUCCCUGAUGAGGAGAAGGCAAACGCGUUCAAGUCGUUGCUGAAAGCCUAUCAAAUUGAAAUUGAUAAUCUCACCAAACGAUGUAAGACCUCGGAGAACGCGUUUCUUGGAGUGUAUAAGCUCUUAGCCGACGCGCCAGACCCUUAUCCCUUUCUGGAAGCCGCCGUGGACCAGACCGUAAAGGUCGCAGAAGCUGAGGAGCUCCAGAAAGAGCUUAGUGUUGUUCAAGCUGAAACUGCUGAAUUGAAACGUCAAAUCGGUGGACUAUCAACGAUGGAGGCUAACGUUCGAAAGGCAGAGGCCAGGGCAGAAGUUCUCGAGGAGAAGAUGGAUACCCUUGUGCAAGAGAAAGUGAGACAGAAAGAGAAUGAGUUAAAUGCGACAUACGAUGAAAAACUAAUGAACUAUGAAGAGCGAGAGAAAGAUCUACACCGACAGCUGUCACUAACGCAGCAACAGCUAAGAGAUCUUCGAAUAUCGAAUGAGACAAAUCAAGCCAAGCUUUUGAAUCAGAGCGAGCGUCAAGACCAGGAAGUGGUGGCGCGCCUUGCUGAAAUCGAUAUGAUCGUUGCAGACCUAGAGCGGGCCAAUGCCCGGGUGGCAGCUGUGGAGCGACGGAAUGAGCUUUUACGAGCGGAGAUAGAAUCGGUUCGCAGUGGCAGCGAGUCUGAGGCUAAGAUCAAGUCCCUGGAGACAGACUUGGCCGACAUGGAACAAGAAACCUCAAGACUUCUUCGGACACUGGAUGAUCAGAAGACCGCCUUUUCUGCUAAAGAGCUGGCAUUGCGGAAACGCAUCGAUGAUGGUCUUCGCGAGGUCGCCGUUAAGGAAGGAGAUAAUGAAUCCUUAAGAGCACGAUUGCGACAUUUCAGUGAUUACGACGAGAUCAAACGUGAACUCGAGAUCAUGAAGUAUGUUGAAUUUGGCGGCGCUGGCUACGGGGAAGACGAUGAUGAAACCGUUAAGUUGCCUGAUCCGAAUGCUCAGAAGGCGAAUAUACAACCGGCAAAAUCUCUGGAAGCGUUGGUUCUAGCAAAGAACAAACGUAUCCUAGAUGAACUCGCCAAAUUACGUAUUGCUCGAACAGAUCUGGAGAUGGCGCUAGAGACAACGAAAGCGGGACUUGAGUAUAACAUUACCGAAUUGCAGAAACAACGCGAUCUUAAUGAGCGGUUGGAGAAUGACCUCCUGCAGCUGAAUACACAUGUGUCGCCGCCCAAUGGUUCUGCCAGAUCCCCUUCACCAGCCACGACCACAGUCACCGAAGUCACGAGAACGGUUCUGGAUGAUUUGAUGCUUGCUCCCAGCUUAUCUAGCGAGGAUAAAACACCGUUUUCGUCAUCUGCCGACAAAUCCAUCCUUCCCAUUGUAACGAAUCAACGAGACCGUUUCCGUCAGCGGAACGCGGAACUGGAAGAGGAAUUAAAACGUCAGUUUGAGGUUAUAACUGACUUGCGCAACGACAUCAAGAAUUUACAACAAGACAACCUCAAACUUUACGAGAAAGUUCGAUAUAUGCAGACAUACCGUGACGAUUCAGCAGGUGGCCCAUCCUCUUUUGUUCCUGGGCCGCAAAACGGCAUUCAGAUACGCCCCGACGAGAUGAACAAAUACAAGAACAUGUACGAGGAACGUAUAAAUCCAUUCGAGGCGUUUCGAGGAAGAGAGGCUGCAAGAGCGGAACAAGCACUCGAUCCAAUAGAAAGAGCGGUAUUCCUAGUGACGCGAACAAUAUUGGGUAACCGGAGAGCACGAAUGGCUUUCGCCGCGUAUGCUGGUGCAUUGCAUCUCCUUGUUCUCAUUACUUUGUAUGAAUGUAGCUCAUUCGCCUCCGGGGGCGGGACAACCAAAGUGAACCCGCCACCGUUUGGGUGACGCUAUGCAUUCGUACAUUCAUCUUACAGACAAUAUUUUACAUCAUUCCGUUUUCCGUUCAACUCUCGGCACUUGUAAUUUGGGCACCCUCAGAUAUCAUCAUUGUCAGUAUGUAAGCCAUAAAUUUUAAUAGCGGUUUGGUGUCUUCGGGAUGUGUUAUAAUAGAAAGAAUAUAUCAUAUGGCA